AUUCAUUUUCAUCUUUAUCGUUUUAUUUCGAUUCUAAACACUACCUAUAAACUUCUCCAUCUUCGAUUUCAAAAACUCUUCCAAACAAAAUUUACAGCAUUUUUUUGGAUAGCCAUGGAUCCCCGCAAUCGCAUGGAUUUUUUUGCUGUGAAUGAGGUAAUAAUGGCAGGAGCUCUGGUUAUUUUGUUUGGGGUGAUUAUAUUUCUGUUUCUCUUCUGUAUCUAUGCAACAUUGCGUCGAAGGCUAUACCUGCAACUUUCUAUGCCCACCCAGAAUUCUUUAAGGGUUCUUCCUUUUUCGCUUACACAAGACGAUCCCUCUAUAACAGGCUUGGAUGCAGAAUUAAUGGCGGCUCUACCCAUGUUUGUGUAUAAAUCAGAAAGAGUCAGAGUGUGGGCAACAGAAUGUUCUGUUUGUCUCUCUGAAUUUCAAGAUGGGGAAAAAAUGAGGCUUUUACCCAGUUGUAAUCACAGUUUUCAUGCAUCGUGUAUUGAUAUGUGGUUUUAUUCACAUUCUAAUUGUCCUCUGUGUCGAAAAAAUGUAGAUCUCAUUAAAUAUAAUGCAGUGGGGCAAAGGAGUGGAGAUAUUGUUAUUGUUGAUAUAGAGCAGAAUACAAGCAGGGCAGAAUUAGAGAGGAAAUAGAGGAGGUUGGUUGAAUCAUGGUCGCCAAAAUUUUCUCGGCUUCAUGAUGCAAGAAAUUUCUUGGCUGUACGUAUCAUAUCAUCUAUGGAAACCCUAAUGAGUUUUGAGCUAUGUAAAUUUGUAAUGGAUUCACACGAUUUGUAAAUUUUGGCUCUCUUCCUCUAGAAAUCUUGU